AUGUCAGGUGGAGGAAGACAAGGGUUGUACCCACUAUGGAAGUAUGUUGAUCGUGUUCCGGGGCCGAAAGGAUCAGGUGGAACAGCCACUAUCAAAUGCAAACUUUGUAAUUUGGGAUGGAAAGGUACCUACACGAGGGUGAAGGCUCAUUUCCUCCACUUGCCAUGUAAUGGUGUUGAAGGUUGUCCAAAUGAGUGUGAAAGAUAUGAUGUUGUGAGAGAACAGGAAAGGGCUGAUGGGAAAGUUGUUAUGCGAAGCUCUCAUGUUUCAACAACAGGGGCAGCUACUACAACUUACAGUCAUGAUAUAGAGUCAGAGGUGGAUGUGACUUCUAGAGGUUUAGCAACUGAACCGGCUCCCAAAAGACCACACAUUGGCAACGCAAACCCCAUUGGAAGAUUGUUUGAUGUGCAAGGACGAGAAGCAGUUGAUGCAGCCAUUGGACGAUUCUUUUAUGCAAAUGGAAUAUCAUUCAAUGUGGCUCGCUCUCCAUUCUAUGAAGAGAUGGUUCGUGCUAUCAAUAAUGCACCAGCAGGCUAUAAACCACCUGAGUAUGAGAAGCUUCGCACUACUCUUGUUGAUAAAGAAAAAAGUCGAUUAGAGGAACAAACUGCACCAUUGAAAAGAGUGUGGGCUCAAGAAGGAUGUAGUAUUGUGAUGGAUGGGUGGACAGAUGCUAGGAAUCGUCCACUACUUAAUAUCAUGGUAACAUGUAGCAAAGGGCCUUAUUUUUUGAAGGCAAUAGAUUGUUCAGGGCAAGAAAAAAAUGUAGAAUUUCUUCAUAGCCAGCUAUGUGAUAGCAUUGAGGAGGUCGGGGCAUCACAUGUAGUCCAAGUUGUUACUGAUGUUGCCCCUGUUUGUAAAGCAGCAGUCAAAGGAGCUUUGUGUUCCACGGUUGUUACUGAUGCAUGGGCAGCUUGGAAACAAUCUACAUCAGAUAUUGCAGUUGAGGUGAGAGCUAUGGUCCUUGAUGAGCUUUUUUGGGUUGAUGUUAAGUUUGUUGUGGACUUUAUUAAGCCCAUAUGUGAGGUGAUCAAAUUUGCAGAUUCAGAUAAGGCAUGUUUGGGAGAGGUUUAUGAAGCAAUAGAUUCCAUGUGUGAAAGAGUAAAGAAGAUAACUGAUGCAAAAGAUAUUUCUCUAUAUCCUUUGAUAGAAGAAAAGUUACAUGGAAGGUGGAACAAACUUAACACACCUCUUCAUUGUGCUGCCUAUGCCCUUAAUCCUAAAUGGUAUGAUAUAGAAGUGACCAAAAAGAGAGCUCCACAUCAGGAUAGAGAGGUAAUGAAGGGCUUUUGA